AUGGAGAGGAAAAACAAGCGAGGGCAAAGGCGCAGCACAUGGGCUGACUGGGGAUUCAUAAACGAUUCAGACCAAAAUAAUAUCGAGAAACAUCGAGUGGAGAAAAUUAAGUGGGGUGGGGAGCAGGUCGUGGUGCCAAGGGGUUCCGGGAUUUUUAUGCACAGUGUGUUUUCGGGGUUGCCGACCGGGUCCUCGCAGUUGGGUCGCCGCUCGUACCCCACGGGCCACUUCUCGGCAAGCAGCGCGCUCGCGUCGGGCGCCACCCGGCCCAGCAGCGCCAGCACGUCGCCGCCGCCGCCGACCGGCGCCACGGCGGACCCGCCCGCCAUGUCCCAGCUCCAGGCGAUGAAGAAACAGGUCGUCCAGCUGCACCAGGAGGCCAGCAUCCCGCGCAUCACCGUCUCACAGGCCUGCGAAGAGCUGAUUAAAGCUGGUCACAUGCUUUGUGUCCACUGGUACAUCAACUUUUUGGAAGCUCCUGCAUAA